UCUGCUGCUCAUCUACCUACCUACUGCCUCCAUUCCCACCACAGCUAGCUUCAGCUUUUAGCUAAGCUCUACUUCUCUCCCGAGCUAAGCAUCUUCUUGAUUUCUCGGUGAUCGGAUUCGGAUGGACAGCGCGAGAAGCUGCCUCGUGGACGACGUGAGCAGCGGCGCGUCCACGGGCAAGAAGGCCUCUCCGUCCCCGGCCGCGCCGGCGACCAAGCCGCUGCAGCGCGUGGGCAGCGGGGCCAGCGCGGUCAUGGACGCGCCGGAGCCCGGCGCCGAGGCGGACUCCGGCCGCGUCAGCAGGCUGCCGUCCUCCAAGUACAAGGGCGUGGUGCCGCAGCCCAACGGGCGCUGGGGCGCGCAGAUCUACGAGCGCCACCAGCGCGUCUGGCUCGGCACCUUCACGGGGGAGGCCGAGGCUGCGCGCGCCUACGACGCGGCGGCGCAGCGCUUCCGCGGCCGCGACGCAGUCACCAACUUCCGCCCGCUCGCCGAGUCCGACCCGGAGGACGCCGCCGAGCUCCGCUUCCUCGCUGCCCGCUCCAAGGCCGAGGUCGUCGACAUGCUGCGCAAGCACACCUAUCCCGACGAGCUCGCUCAGUACAAGCGCGCCUACUUCGCCGCCGCUGCGGCGUCCUCCCCUACAUCGUCCUCGGUGCCUCCCGCCUCGUCGCCCUCUUCGGCGGCUGCGCCCUCGCCGGCGGCGCGGCGCGAGCACCUGUUCGACAAGACGGUCACGCCCAGCGACGUGGGGAAGCUGAACCGGCUUGUGAUACCGAAGCAGCACGCCGAGAAGCACUUUCCUCUCCAGCUUCCUUCCGCCGGCGCCGCCGUGUCCGGCGAGUGCAAGGGCAUGCUUCUCAACUUCGACGACUCGGCCGGCAAGGUGUGGAGGUUCCGGUACUCGUACUGGAACAGCAGCCAGAGCUACGUGCUCACCAAGGGCUGGAGCCGCUUUGUCAAGGAGAAGGGCCUGCACGCCGGCGACGCCGUCGGGUUCUACCGCUCUGCCUCAGGCAGCAACCAGCUCUUCAUCGACUGCAAGCUCCGGUCCAAGACCACGACGAUGACGACGACUUUCGUCAACGCGGCGGCCGCCCCGUCGCCGGCACCCGUGAUGAGGACCGUGCGACUCUUCGGCGUCGACCUUCUCACGGCGCCGGCGCCGAGUCACGCGCCCGAGCACGAGGAUAGCAGCAUGGUGCCCAAGACAAACAAGAGAUCCAUGGACGCCAGCGCAGCGGCCACACCGGCGCACGCGGUCUGGAAGAAGCGGUGCAUAGACUUCGCGCUGACCUAGCUAGCUAGCGUUUUUCCUCCAUGGUUGCUUUGCUUGCUUCCAAAUUGCCAUGGUAGUAGCUUAGAGCUCUUGAUCGAUCCAAGUGUUUGCCUUUUUUCCCUCUUCUUCUCAUACACAAGUUAGCUCUAAAUCCAGUCUUCUUUAAUUAAUCUACUGUAAAUUAAGCCCGUUCUCGAAAUGGCAAGUGUUCACCGAAGAAA